AUGUCUGGCCGGGUGCAGCAGGAGGGGAAGAGAAAGGGACCCUUCUGGGGCUGGUCCAUCCCCCUGAACCCUGGCUGGUUCCCCUGGAACCUCCUGUUUGGCCUGACAACUUGGCUGGGUAUAGCCGAUUUUCUGCUCCAGGUGGAAGAGAUCCGGGGCUGCAUUGAGAAACUGUCAGAGGAUGUGGAGCAGGUGAAAAAACAGCAUAGCGCCAUCCUGGCCGCCCCCAACCCAGAUGAGAAGACCAAACAGGAGCUGGAGGACCUCACUGCAGACAUCAAGAAGACGGCCAACAAGGUUCGGUCCAAAUUGAAAGCGAUCGAGCAAAGCAUUGAACAAGAGGAGGGGCUGAACCGUUCCUCCGCGGACCUGCGCAUCCGCAAGACCCAGCACUCCACACUGUCCCGGAAGUUCGUGGAGGUAAUGACUGAAUAUAACGCGACCCAGUCCAAAUACCGGGACCGCUGCAAGGACCGGAUUCAGCGGCAACUGGAGAUCACUGGAAGGACCACGACCAACGAAGAACUGGAAGACAUGCUGGAGAGCGGGAAGCUGGCCAUCUUCACAGACGAUAUCAAAAUGGACUCACAGAUGACAAAGCAGGCGUUGAACGAGAUCGAGACGAGGCACAAUGAGAUCAUCAAGCUGGAGACCAGCAUCCGAGAGCUGCACGACAUGUUUGUGGACAUGGCCAUGCUUGUGGAGAGCCAGGGAGAGAUGAUUGACCGCAUCGAGUACAACGUGGAACAUUCCGUGGACUACGUGGAGCGAGCCGUGUCCGACACCAAGAAAGCAGUGAAAUAUCAGAGCAAGGCCCGGAGGAAGAAAAUCAUGAUCAUCAUUUGCUGUGUGGUGCUGGGGGUGGUCUUGGCGUCAUCCAUUGGGGGGACGCUGGGCUUGUAGGCCCCCCCACUUUCUCUCUCCCAGACCCCUCCCCCACCACAUCGGGAGCAAUACCCCCACCACUCCUUUUACUCCAUCCCCUGCUCCAGGCUCACCCCCAAAACAGACCCAGGCAGCCCCACCCCUCCUCCACCCCCACGGCAGACCCUGGUGUCCCUGGACCUCACCGGGCCACGGACCCCCCGCCCCCGCACGUAGAUUGCAGCAGGCGUGAUUACACAUGCACACCAACAUGCAUGCCGCCGGCACAUGCUCAAGACGUGUGGACACCCCAGCGUGCGUGUACAUGUGAUGUGUGUGAUGCACCAGAGCACCCCCCGCCCCCACCUUGGGUAUGUGUGUGGUCUGAGCUUCCCCCUUCACCGGGGCUGUCGUGUAGACUGCAGCCAGGUGUAACCCAGCAGCCCACCACACCCUCUCUGUCUUCUGUGAACAGUGUGUGCGCGCAUGAGACCACAGAUCUGUUGACACAUCAUUUGUGUGCGUGGAAUUUUGUGUUUGAGUGUUUGAACCUAAUGCAACAGCAACAAAGCCACUGA